CCACUUUCAUCUGGCACUUCGCAUAGAAUGACUCUGACGAGAUCAAAAAGUUUCCUUGAAUAGAACCACUAGUGGGUACUUGUAUAGUUCUCAAAGCUCAAACUCUUUCACAUUUCGUGGUCGACGGCUGUCCCAUGACGCGACACCCAAAAAGCGAACACCUAGCAUUCUUACACCGCAAAUAGGUACCGUUAGAUGACUCCGGGAUAAAGUUACGCAGGGUGGGGUGAGGGUCUUUGAUCUCUCAUAACCUGUGUAGAAGCCUUCUCGCACGCUGUUAUAAUUCAUAUCGUAUAAGAGCUCUCUUCUCUUCUCUUCUCUUCUCUUCUCUUCCCUCUUACUCCACCAGUCCUCUCCGAAAGACGAUGACAGUCCAAAGUGAGCAUGAACGCGAAAUGACACGUAGAGUGCUCUGGAAACUCGACAUUCAUGUCCUUCCUCCUCUGGCGUUGCUCUGGUUAGCGAAUUUCAUUGAUAGAAGCAACAUUGGCAAUGCAAGGAUCGCUGGCUUGGAAAGGGAUACUGGGAUGGUAGGCAACCAAUUCAACUCCAUCCUUGCCGUGUUCUAUGCUUCAUAUCUUCUUAUCGAACUACCUUCAAACUGGGUGCUGAAACGUAUGGGAGCUAAUCGUUGGCUUCCCCUUAUCGUGUGUGCUUGGGGACUUGUUACCACUUUAUCAGGCCUCGUGCACAACUUUGGGGGAAUUCUAAGCAUUCGAAUUUUUCUUGGAUUUUGCGAAGGCGGGCUCCUGCCCGGAAUGGUCUUAUAUCUGAGUACGCUGUACAAGCGGCAUGAAUUCCAAUUACGAGUCGGCAUAUUUUAUGCUUCCGCGUCGUUGUCCGGUGCCUUCGGAGGUCUUUUGGCGACAGCUAUCCUCAAAAUGGACGGGAUAGGAGGGCUGGCCGGGUGGCGAUGGAUCUUUAUCCUGGAGGGCAUUGUCACUGUGCUCUUUGGAAUUGGUGCAGCGAUAUAUAUGCCAGCGAGCCUCGCGGCCGCAAAGUUUCUGACAGAGGAAGAGAGAGAAUUCGCAAUUAACAGAUUCCGAGCAGAUCACUCCUCAACCACGGCCACCAGUGUGGGAAAGGAAAUUAGGUCCCCAUCAUUGUCUAUCGAGAAACAUGAUGAAGAACAUGAACAUGCCGAAGAGAGGCACCAGGAACGUGCUUCUGGUGCCGUAAAUCAGGAAGAAGAAGUCUUUGAAUGGAGAGAAGUGAGAAGAGGCUUGACCGAUAUUCAGACGUGGGUGACAGGAAUGGCUUACUUCGGACUGGUUGUGAGCUUGUAUUCGUAUUCGUUAUUCUUGCCAACCAUCGUCUCAGGACUGGGUUAUUCUGGAGCUCAGGCUCAACUUCACACCGUACCGCCGUAUGUUCCCGCAGCGGUCCUGACUGUGGUGGUGGCUUUCUUGAGCGAUCGACUCAAGUGGCGUGGUCCUUUCAUUCUGAUAUGUUUACCGGUGGCCAUUGCAGGGUACAUACUCAUCAUUGUUGCCGAGACCAACGAAGUUCGUUAUGUUGCGGUUUUUCUUAUGGCUGCAGGGGUUUAUCCCUCCGGUCCAAGUAUAUUAUCCAUUCUUCCCAACAACAGUAGCGGCCAUUACAAGAAAGCAACGACAACAGCUUUACAACUCGCUGUUGCGAACUGUGGAGGCUUCGUUGCUACGUUUGCCUAUACUCGAGACCAGGCCCCUAGAUAUAUUAAAGGCCACAGCAUCGCUUUAGGUUUCCUGACUCUUGCCUGGCUAUUGAUUCUCAUCAACGUACUUUACUGCACAUGGGAAAACAAAGCACGAGCGGAAGGUCGCAGGCAACAGAAUCUGGUCAAAUACCAGGAGUUAUGGGAUUCUGGGAAGACUCGUGCACCGAUAGGUGACCGUCACCCGGACUUCCGCUUCACCCUGUAGGACUUAGCUGAAGAACUAAACUAAAGAACCGUGAAUGUGACUAACGAAUAGACAUCUUCAAUCGUACUUUUAUGCAGGA